CCCUAUCGAAUUCAAUCUUCACAUUCGCUUGUCGUUCUUUUGUCCUUUCCCACCGGCGCUUCCUUUCUGGUUUUGAGGCUUGAAGCCCAUAUUAAUCUUGCGACAAGUUCCAAGAUUUCAUUCCCAAUAACCGCGAAACAACUACACUCUUUCACUUCUCGCUGAACGGUUCAUUCCUUUCUUCCGGACUAAUAUUGAGAAAUGAAGUCAUCGUUUAUCUUGUCUACUCUUGGUGCCGCUGGUGCUUUGGCCCAUGGAUUGGUUUCUCAGUUGUUGAUUGACGGAACCCUGUACGACAACUUUAACCCAAAUCUCGAUCCCUAUCAGAACCCCAAGCCUAAGAGGAUUGGAUGGACUACUCCUGGUGAUGGUCCUGUUGAUGUACGUUCCAAUUUUAUUCGCAGCUAGAAUUGGUGAUAUUGACAUCUAUCUUACAGGGUGUCACCACUGCCGCAAUCGCUUGCAGCACCGGGUCUACAGCUGGAGCUUUGGUCGCCCCUGCUGCCGCCGGAUCCUCUGUCAAGUUUUUCUGGAACACAUGGCCCGAGUCUCACCGCGGCCCUACCAUGACCUAUCUCGCCAAGUGCCCCGGCACCGACUGCACCACCGCGGACCCCACCACUCUCGAUUGGUUCAAGAUCGAUCAUGCAGGUCUUAACCCUGAUGGAACCUGGGCCUCAGACACCAUGAUCGCCGACAACAAAACCUGGACUGUUACUAUCCCCAGCGAUAUUGCUUCAGGUCCUUACCUGCUCCGCCAUGAGCUGCUCGCUCUCCAUUCGGCCAGCAAUCCCAACGGCGCCCAAUUCUACCCCAUGUGUGCUAACCUUCAAAUCACCGGGACUGGAAGCGCCGUGCCAGGAGACACAGUCAAGUUCCCCGGUGCUUACUCUGCUACCGACCCCGGAGUUCUCCUCAACAUCUACUACCCGCCCGUCACCAGCUACACUAUUCCUGGCCCUGCUCCCUAUGUUCCGGGUGGCGCUUCAGCUCCAGUUAAUCCUUCUAAGGCUGCCUCUCCCGCUCCUACAAAAGCCCCCACUGGCACCGGAUCCGGCAUCCCAACCCUCGCACCUUCCGCCGUCCCUCCAUAUGGCAACACCACCCGUUCCCAGAGCAAACCCUCAUAUACAACCCCGAUUGCUGACGCCCCCCCGAAGGAGGUCUCUCCACUCGAUAAUGCCCCGCCUGCACCCACUGAAGUCGCUGCCGUCCCCACUGCUGUUGCGCCGGUUGUCAACACCAUCUAUGAGACCGUUGCAAUCACUCAAGUCCUUACUAUGACCGUCUCCGCUGUUGAGACUAUCACCAUCACUCAGCCCCACCCCAAGGGUCCGGAUGUCCCUGAGUGUACACCAGCUGGCAGAUAUAAGCGCGGUAUUUACGGGUACGGAAUACGGAAUCUAGAGGAAUGAUGUAUCUGCCGAUUGUUGGUCCAGUGUGGUGUUUCUUGUCUAUAGUUUUUAUUUCAUCUUGUAUAUAUCACAGAUGGCCACUGGUUGGGUCAUAACUCUUAAGAGUAUAGCCAAUGAAGCAUGUAUAUCGUGACAGCUUUCCCGGCUUCCUUUUUACUUCUACUAUUCUGGCUUUACUGCCUAAUUCUUUAAUAUAUCAUUGGUCUAG